CCUAUCUCGACAUUGAAAUGAUUGGUGUCAUCUGCUGAGUAAUAUGCAGAUUAAUUUAGUCUAGUUCAGAAGUUAGGACUUAAUGGUUGCACACUUACAGAACCACUCGUUUGUUGCAUUUUAAACUGACGGAAAUUAGAUAAAGCCAGUACGUUGACACCAGGACAACAAACAAAGAAACAAAGCAGGCAAACCGCUACAUGUGGUACUCCGAUGUGAGGAGUAUUGUAUGUGGACACAAUAAACUAGAACUCAUGAAGGUUGAGUAGGAAGUGUGAACUUGGAGUGAUUUACAGUACAGAUUUAAAUGGAAGAGAUGAUACAGCCAAUCAGCACUGGGGUUUCAUAACAAAGAAGGUGCAGCAGCCCGUCAGUGAGCUGGUUCUAUGGAAGCAGUUGCUGAGUAUGGGAGCAGACAAUCAGCAUGCAGGUAGACACAGCUGACCGAGAUAAACAAGGCACAUCGCCAAGAGGAUUACAACUUGCCACAGCCAUGCAGAUGAUGGACCAAGAUGACAACCACAACAACAGCAGCAGCAGCAACAGCAGCAAAACAGUAGAAGGAGAGUGAAUGAGAAUAAGAGGACAACCACCUCCAAGAGAACUGAUAGCAGUGCAUUUCCUUACUAAUUGCCAUUUGGACCUGUUGAAGGUGUGGGAAACUUGAGAUGUCUACAAAAAGCUGGAGAGAAGCAGCAAGUAUUAUGAUAGCUGCACGAACUUCAUUCCAGCAAAUCCCUAAAUCCACUGCUAACUACAAGAUCCUUAUGCUAAAAAGGGGUAAGACCAGUCCUUUCAUGCCAGGAAGUUAUGUGUUUCCUGGUGGAGUAGCAGAGUCUUCAGAUGGUUCUAAGGAGUGGUUGCAGUUGUAUAAAGACAAUGGAUACACCGUCACAAAAGAAAAUGCAGGAGGUAGAACACAAAACAUGAACAUUUCACAAUAUAUCCCAGAGAUUCUUCCAUUAAAGAUUGCAGCUAUCAGAGAAACAUUUGAAGAAGCAGGAAUUCUUUUGUGCAAAAAUAAGCAUGUCCAUUUUCAGUUUCCAGUGUCAUACUGGGCUUCAUAUAUUUCAAGCUAUGAAACAGAAACCUGGCAGAAUAAGGUGAAAAAAGAUCCAAGUCAGUUUUUGGACCUGUGUAAACAUUUUGAAUGUGUUCCAGAUAUUUGGGCACUUCAUCUGUGGAGCAACUGGCUCACACCAACACACAAUACACGAAGAUUUAAUACAACCUUUUUCUUAGCAGUCUUAGACCAAAUGCCUCCAGCAAUAUGUGAUAAAACUGAAAUGGAUGAAAUGCAGUGGUCAUCUGUGAGUGAGUUGCUGUCUAUGAGCAACAUCUGCAAAAUAUGGUUGCCACCCCCUCAAGUUUAUGAACUAGCUAGACUACACAAUUUUAAUGAUGUGGAAACUUUAGUUAAUUUUGCACAUGAAAGAGUCAAAUCUGGAUGUCCUUUCUGGAUGCCUGUGCACAUGAAAACAACAGAUGGACUACUCUUCAUACUUCCAGGUGAUGAUCUAUACCCAGAAAAGCCAGAUAUAUUUCAGGUUGGUACAAAACUUUCUGAGGUACAAAAGACAGCAGAAGAAAUGCGGACUGGAUGUGAUAAUCUGCAUCGUAUUGAAUACAUUGAAAAUGCUAAAACUAACAUUAUUCUUCGAAACAUAUAUCCUAGUUAUGGACACAAACUGCCACUGCUCUUAUUUGACAGGAACAACCUGUGAUUGGAAAAGAAGGGACUGUUCAAUAUUUGAAAUGGACAAAAACAACACCUAUAAAUGAAACAUACAGAUGCUACCGGACAAAACUGCCUGUGACAGGGGUUUUUAUCUUCCAUAAACUGACAAUUUAACAAAGGAUGAAGCGGAAUAUCAAGAGUCUAGCAUUGUGUCAACAAGGAUUUAGAGACAAGAUGAUUCCACAAAGUAAAUAAUGUGUCACUGGUAUUUAUAGCACACUGUUUUUGUAAUGAAAAUUUUUUAAUCAGAUAUAGAUUCUAAAGUUUUAA